AUGACCUUUCUUUUUCCGUGCCGAGGGAAGAGGGGCUAUGUUUUUCACCGUCAGACUCUGGAGAGCUGCGGCCACGGAGAGGCCGUCCCUCAGCGCAACAAUAUUCCCUCGCCUGGAUUCCGAGCACAACGGGCCAGCCGCCAUGUCGGGGAUCUCUUCGAGGACCUGCGCGACGGCCACAAUCUCAUCUCGCUGCUGGAGGUGCUCUCUGGCGAACACCUGUUCACCUCGUUGCAAGCUCUGUGGGGACUCCUUGUCCACGAUCUGGCAUGCAGCUGCGCGAGAUGUGGCGUCGAGCAGGAGUAUUAA